AUGAUCGCCCCUAGAAACAUUGCGGUGAUUGGGCUUCUUCCCGCUUCGGUCCAAGCCGGACCAUGCAAGCCCUCAUCAACUGUCACAAUCACGACCGAGACUACAGCGACUGACGCAGCUUCGACCACUGGCACAGCUACAUCUGCAGAAAUACCCACCACCGAGACGACCCUUCUUCCUAGCUCAACUGGCUAUACUUGCGUCAACAAUGAAAAGACCCCAUUUCCAGCCGGUGUCCUUUGCGACACCAAGGGUAUCGGCGCGGACCCCAACAUGGUAUUUCUCACUGAACUGUCUGGUGAUGUUACGAUCGCGAAGUGCCGUGAUGUCUGUCGGGGCCUAGAUGGCUGCAUUGCUUUUGCUAUACAGCCAGGCGUCUACUGCGACCUUUGGGGAGGUAGAGUCCAGGGGACUGAUGGCUCUAAUACCGACUUCACUUGGUACUCUUUGGAGUGUUUCUGCGAUCUGCCUGAGCUGCCUACGACUUCGGCAGAAGCCACUGCUACCACGGCGACGACGGGUACUACAGCUAUCACUACUGAUACUGCUACCACCGAGCUUGAGGCAUCUUCCACAGUACUCACAACAUCUUCCGCCGAACUUGCUUCAACCACAGAAACGACCACUGCAGCUGCCACGUCCACAACCGCCGCGUUAGGCUGCCCUGGUGGAUUCCCGGCCGACCACUCCUGCGGCGUCUUUAAACAAUACAGUGGAGGAGGACAAAACUACAUCAAAGAUUAUAGUGGAGCAUAUUCGGUCGAAGAGUGUAUGCAGUUCUGUAUUGAUGAUGAUACCUGCACUCUUAUUAAUCACUCAUCUUACUUUUGCGAGCUGUGGACUGGAGACCUCAUCACCAAUGGGCUUUCUGCGGCUUGGAGUUGGUAUGAGUUGGCGCCUGCGGAUUAA